UGCAGUUCAAGGUCAUGCCCCUCAUUCACAAACUUUAAAAAAAAAUGUUGUGUUAACACAUUCUGUUAUCCUCCAAUUUCAAUUAUGGGAACAUGUUCCUCUUUAUUUUGUAUUAAAGUUAUUAAUGCCAGCUAGUAUUAAUGUAUUGAAUGUCGUGGAGGAACUAAAGUGGACAUAAAGGACUAGGUGUGUGGUGUAUAGUUCUGGUGACGCUCAUUCCUCUACCUCCGCCGUGAACAUCCUCUCCUCUCCUCCUCUGGACCAGAGUGCAACCUGCGUGAAUUUAAAGCAAAAUGGCGACAGUCUAACAGAGGAGAAGACGGUGUCAAGUGCAAUGACAAACUUGAGGACAUGACUCGUCGUCGUCGUCCUGAGGUGUGUUUUCUAAGAGCCAUGUGGUGGAGUCAGUGCUUCAACACAGACUGAAAGUACUGCUACUAUGUCUGAUGUGAAGCCAAAUGCACAAGAGGACAAAGACGUGGAGCCAGUGUCUGACAGCCCGGGUCGUACUCAGGAGCCAUUACAGAGUCACACAUUCUCCCUGAAGAACAAUGCUGCAGGUCUGUCCUCAGAUGAACACGAAAACCCUUUAAAUGGAACCCAGCCGAAUCCAUUUGUAUACAGCAGUGUCCCCGCUGUUCCCCAUGCAGGCAAUUCAUUGCCUUCAGGAGCACUUGUUAAUGGACCUGGUUCACACCCCACCUCAGAGGUACACUGUGUCCUGAACAAAGGCACUGUUUUAUCCAACAAUGUCCUGGACGCCGCGCGGCAAGCGGGGAAGGACACGAGCCCCGAGGUGUUUCCACCACCUAGUGAGCUUCAAUCAGACGCUUGGAAGAACACAGCGGGGCCCGCCGUAAAAACACUGGCCACACAGCCAGGUGUCAACACGCCGCUGUCUCACUCGGAGGAGAAUGAGUCCAAACCGGCCUGCUCCGCGCUGUCAGGUGCAGACAGCGCGGAGCAAAUGCACAUUAGCCAACCUUUGACAAAACAGACAAUGAAAACAAGAUCUCGACGGGACGUAGAAUGGUCCGAAAGCUCCUCGGAUGAUUAUGACGACGCCGAAGCAAUCAGAUGGGAUUCGGCAAGAGAGCGCUCUUUGCACAAUGACAGAAGGCUGGAGACCGAAGUGAUGCACCAAAGGGACAGGAAGCACAACACACACGCAAAAAGCAUGUCAGGCUCUCUGGAAAAGGUUAACAACAGCUUAAAUCACACAUGCAGACGUUACUGUUUCUGCAGUGGCAAUGAUGUCGGAAAUGUUGACAAAGAUGAUUCUUUGGGUACCCAAUCUGAUAUUAAAUAUUCUGCGGUGCCACUCAAAGAUCUUUCCAGGAGCACAGCUUCAGACUCGGAGCGCCGUAUUUAUAGCGCGGCAGCGCAGAAAGGCUGUAAUGAGGAAAAUGACCCUGAAGAUGAAGACAAUUUGAGUUCAAAAGUGGAACCGUCGAAGAAAGAACAAGAUCCACUUUUCUUUUCAUGCACAAUAUGCAAUGUUAAUUUCAAGGAGAAAAGACAUUUCCAUAGACAUAUGAUGUAUCAUUUAGGCAAGCAUAAUCAGGUGAACAGUGAGGAUGUCUCUCAGCCCUUUAUAUGCAGGGAGUGUGGGCGUUUGUUCUGUGAUAGCAACUCCCUCAUGAGGCACAUCAUUAUUCACCAAGACAGGCUGGAAAAACUUAUGGAGGAAAUCAAAGGUCUCAAAAACACCGAGUUGGAAGUCGGGGGCACCACAGCGCAGUGCCCUCGGUGUGCGUUUGGUUGUAACUGCCCUAAAAUCUCCGUCCAGCACGCCAAAACAGACGACAAUCUGAAGCACUACUACUUCUGCGAGGAGUGUAACUACAUUACACUGACGCAGCAGGCGCUUGAAGCACACCUACAUGUCGCGCACCUCGACACACACCAGCCUCAAUGCAGGAAAAUGACUCGUAAUAAUGAUGCAGAGGAAGCGGGCCGUGUUCAGUUUCAGCGUAAAAUGUUUUUUUUCAAAGACAAAGUAGCAUUGGAAAGAUAUUCUGAGCUGGAGCGAUCACACUAUGGUAAUUAUAAAAAGGUUGCCGACCAGCCCAAAAUUGCCGGGUUUAAAACAAAUCCGCUUAAGUCGACUCGUGGAGAAAAGAGUAAAAGAGGGGACAUUUACAUUCAAAAGUCCAAUGACCAAACUGUAAAUUCUCCUCAGUUAAAGUGCCGUGUCGGCUGCACCAAAAACAUGCUGUCACCGUCCUUGUGGAGGGUCGACAGGCAUGGAAAAUUACUCCUACAACCAGUGGAAAAAUUAGACGUGGCAACUGAUCUCACCUGCGUGGAGGAAGAUGCUGAAAACAAUAACUAUAAGGCUUUUGGCAGCUCAAAGCAGGCAAACUGUCCUGCGGGCGCUGAUUUUUUACUAUCAGCCAGAAAUCUUAAAUUAGACCAGAUGUUCUGUCAGGUUAGCAAGAACGAACCGGCAAGCGGGAGUUUACAAGCGCGAGCGCACCAAAAUUCUCUGACAAUGAGAAAAAUGUCAACGCCCUUGCGUAACACCAUUGACAAUAUGAAUAGUAAUAUAUCGGCAAGGCUUUGCCAGAGGCUCAAGAAACAGUCUGCAGAUAAGGAGUCAGAGAAAGGCUGUGAGGGCGGCAGUAACUCCGGUAAUGACACCAGUGAAGCUGCAGGCAGCUUCUUGGAAAGCGAGAACGUCAGGAACCCGUAUGCUCGGAGGUAUUUCACAAAGAGGCAGAGGUUUUCAGCCAAAGACCAAAGCCAAAGCCCCCAUGUACUCAUAGAUGAAGAUGAUGGAGAUGAAGACUGUAGUGACAUAGAGCAACUCAUAAUCAAGGAGGAGUAUAUUGAAACUACAGUGUGCGGUGAUUCCCCAGAGUCGCCUCAUAUGUCUGCAGGUGACAGCUUUGAUGUUUUCCCCACACCGGGGGUAGAACACAAGCCCUGUCCGUACUGCCCCGCCAUGUUUGAGUCCGGAGUGGGUCUGUCCAAUCAUGUGCGAGGGCACCUUCACCGAGUUGGCUUGAGCUACAACGCUCGGCACAUGGUCUCGCCAGAGCAAGUGGCGUUGCGGGACCAUCAGCCACGAAUCCGCAGGAGGAUCCCCUGUGGCACGAGGAAAAUGAGAAAAGCUGUGAAGCCAGAAACCAAAGGAGAGCACACGUGUCCCCUGUGCUGGGGUUGGUUUGAUACGAAGACUGGCCUCUCCAACCAUGUGAGGGGACACUUGAAACGAAUUGGUAGAAGUGUUACCAGUACCAGUAAGUCCCCGCUGUGCAUCCUGAAUGAACUGCUACAGGACAAAAAGGAACACCAGAACAUCCUCCAGGUCCUCAACAAGAGCCAAUUCCCUUCACGACCCUUUGUCUCUCAGAAGUUAAUCAGCAGCAAUGGCCUGGUCCUGAUGCGCAUGGGGGUCCCAGUGAAAAUCCAGUAUGAGAUGAGGAGUCCACGUCCCAUAUUGGACAGCUUUGUACCAAAACAGGAGGCAGAGGCCUUCUCGGAAAGGAAGGAGCCUCAGGUAGAAGCACAAAGAGGCACUAAGGCCUCCUCAAGCACUUUAGUUGAACUGCUCAAGAUGAGACAAGAAGGUAUGGAGCUCACAGCGAGAACCAACCAGGAGGCCUAUGCAACCAGGAAGCUUUGUGAUUUGACCAAAGAUUACAUGGAGGAGACACAGAUGGCCAGUUUGGAACCACACUGGGCUCAUGGGGAAUGUGACUCAAAUACGAUUUGUAUUCAGUGUAACGGCACCUUCCCUGGGCUUCCUGGUCAUCUUCGAGCCUUUGCACACAGGAAGAGGAUUGCCAUUUUUGAAGGCUAUGAUUAUAAACAGAAGAAGCCAAGGCCUGGGCUAAAGAAGAAGACUUUACCCUCCUUGAAUGCUGAGAUAUACACGCUCACCUGCAGAUUCUGUGACCUGGUCUUCCAGGGCCCCCUGUCUAUCCAGGAGGAUUGGAUCAAGCAUUUACAGAGGCACCUUCUGCACACCAGCGUGCCCCACUCAGGGACCGGGAUGGUAGAGGUUUUGGGUCUUCAUCACAAAAUACAAAUAAGUAUGUCUCAUGAGAACCCAGAUCUUGAGUAGAGUUUUACCCGUCGAGAACUUCCAGUUGCCUGAAUUUGCACAUUGUUUAUAUGUAUAAACCGCACAUUGUUUUAGACUAGUCCUGCAAAUAUAUAAUAGUUAAUCCUGACAAUUUAAUAGUAUAUAUUAAUAAUACUCUAUAUAUUAGCAAAAGCUUUAUAUAGAAUAGUUUAAUGCUAUGCUUUGCUAAUAGAGCAUAUAGGAUGUAUCUUUAUUGACUGCUGUGUAGGUUAGACACAACAGUGGCGGUAUGAAGCUGGUCUGGCAGUGCAGAACUGCCAUUGUUAGAAAAAACAUUGUUCUCCUAUUGUCAUGAUAAAGAAAAGUGCCUUGUUAUAAAGCAUUUUGUUAUAAUGACAAAACGUUUUCAUUAUAAAAUGAAAAGAAAAAUAUCCAAAUAUCUCAAUUUCUUGUAACUUUUCAUGUCAUUAACAGAACCUUUCUCAUUAUAAAAAAAAAACAGUUCUCUUUUGAAACUUUUUGUCACAACAAGAAAAGUUAAAAGGAGCAUUGCCACUCUUAUAUUGGCAAAAUACGGGAGCCUGAGCAUUUCAAUUAAGUUCAUGUCUCACUUUCUUUGUGAGACAACAUAAAAUAAGAAUGUGUGCCCUUGUUGUUAAGCAGUGUACACAGGGCUGUCAUUAGUUUGUGGAUGCUUUGUAGGAUUUCACCUCUCUGUGCCUAUAUCAGAGAGAGCAUCUCUCUUAAUCAAAGUGACAUGCAUUAUGUUGGGACAGCUUGUUCUGUCAUUGUUCUUCUGCUUAACCUUCAACCAUCAGUGUAACUCCUGAAAUCUGGCUCUCAUUAUAGCCUCGGUAACAACAUCUUUUUAUAAUGAGAAGAACUCUCUAGUUAAAACAAGAAAACUUUCCAGUUAUAACAACAUAUUGUUAGAAUAUUUUUUCUCAUUGUGGCAGCUCUGUAUUUCCAAAGACUUGGACUCAGAAUGGGUCGCUUUUUCUCGCGUGAGUAUGAAUGUGUUAGUGACGCAUCAUGCUGAAAUUUCAUUCUAAACAUUGUAAAGACCGCUGGCUCUGAACAUUUGCAUGAGUUGUUUCUAGAAGGUAACCCACAAGUUGCGAAACUCUCACGAGAUGGUUAAGGUUAGGCAUUGACCUUGAAUGGUUAAGGUUAGGCAUUGACCUUAAAUGAUCAAAGUUAGGCUUUAACCUUGAACGGUUAAGGUUAGGCAUUGACCUUGAAUGGUUGAGGUUAGGCAUUGACCUUGAAUGGCUGAGGUUAGGCAUAGACCUUAAAUAUUGAAAGUUAGGCAUUGAUCUUGAAUGGUUGAGGUUAGGCAUUGACCUUGAAUGGCUGAGGUUAGGCAUAGACCUUGAAUAUUGAAAGUUAGGCAUUGAUCAUGAAUGGUUGAGGUUAGGCAUUGACCUCAAAUAUUGAAAGUUAGGCACUGAUCUUGAAUGGUUGAGGUUAGGCAUUGACCUUGAAUGGUUGAGGUUACGCAUUUACCUUGAAUUGUUGAACUUAGGCAUUGACCUCGAAUGAAUGAGGUUGUGGUUUUGCACGUUUUCCCAACUUGGAGGUUACCUUCUAGACACAACCAUUUGCAUAUCCAUAACCUGCUCUCCAAACGUAUCUCAGUUCGUAAGCUUGCUACUUGUUUUGCAGCUGGCAGAGACAGUUCCAUACUUUUCAGAUAGGAAAACGGUCUAUGCAAGAUGCAUAUCAUUUUUUAAGUGAUGGUUGAAUCGAUUUUUUUCAUUGGAAGAUGUGGUUGAGUCAAUGCCAAAAGGUUAAACUCACACUUAACAAUUUUGAUAAUCAUUUUUGUUUAAUGUUCAGUAUUAGAAAGAAAAACAUUAAUAUAUACUGUAGCGUCUAUAUUGAAUGAAUGUAUAUAUUGCUUUCAGUAUGGCUGUCCCAUGAUAGUUUUUCACAUUGUAUUAAAAGCCAACAACUAUAAUGCAAGAAAAGUUUAAUAUUCAGCUUUAAAGACCAAAUGUAAUUUUAUGUAUUUAUCUGUAUUUUUUUCUUGAAAUAUUCAACUUUUUAAAAUGGUAAACAUGUAGCGCUCCCUAAAAUUAAAUUACGAAACAUUUCUAUAAAAUUAUCCUUACUUCCUUACUCAGGCUUGAUAGUUUUUAGACUUAGUAUUGCUCAGAUUCUAAAGCAACUUUUUGUAGAUAAAUGUUUGUAUAGAAAUCAGUGACAUUAAUAGCAAACUUGCAUGAUACCAAAGUGUCACUGAAUUUAAAUAAAUUAAGUGAAUUAUUCUUAAUCAGCCACGUAGACUAAAGCAUUUAUUAGCGAUGCCAUGUUAAGUUAUAUUAACAAUGGGAUGUAGAUAUUGUAAAAUAGUGUGUAGCACUUUCAUAAAGAGGAUAUACAGUACAGUAUCGAGGGUUGCAUCUGACUAUAGUUGGUAAUUUUGCUGAGAUUAAUUACAGCAGUUUUGGUGGAGUAGACUCAGGGUUUGACUGAGUGGUUAACUGAGCAAGCUGUCUGUGAUUCAGAGAACAAAAGACUUCAUUUGCAAGAGACUGGCAAGCCAAAUUUCGUAGGAUAUUCAAGGUCAGGUGCAAAAGUAUUACAGUGAAUUAAUAAUUAAAGGACGGCAAUGCUGAAUGUCUGACCAUCAGAUUUUUAUUCAGAAUGCAUAUUUUUGGAAUGUCAAUAUGGCAAGCCAACCAGAAACAUAGGAGGGACAAAACACUGACGCCAUGACGGAUUGGCCCACAGCUCUUCAUAGAAACAUCUUCUAUUAUUCCAAUGUAUGAUCUCAAUGUUUAUCCGUUUUACGUUUAGGUCUGCUAUAUCUGUGUUAUAUCUGUAAUAAUUCACAUUUUCAUGUCAAUAAAUGACCAUUGUGC